UGGUAGCAAGCAAAAUAAACUAAUUUUAAAGUUUCUGUUUUCAUGAGUGCUGCAAUUGUCCUCGUAGCAAAACAUGCCGAGCUUAGUUUUGGGAUAAUGUAUUGAAUAUUUUUUUCGGUCAGGCCAAUAAAUUUAGUUUCUUCUAUUUCGAUUAUUUUAUCAUCAUACCCUAUAUUUAGAUUUACACAAGUUCUGCUGUUACUUUAAAAUUUCGUGAAAUUUCUUUUGACAAAAUUUAAUGAGUUUAUUGGCUUUAAUCCUCUUGUUCAAUCUAGCAGACAUCAUUUAUGAAGUAACCAAUAACCUAUAAUUAUCUAAUUUGAAGCUAUUAAUUUAUGGCAUAUCUGAACGAAAACAAGGAACAUCAUAGAAUCAAGCCACGACACACCAAAAGUCAACGUAGGAGAGCAUUUAAAAUCAAAUUAAUUACCUUAUUUUCACCUGUUAAUUUGAAACCGAAAAUGCUUCCAUUCCCUUCGUGACUACUCUCGGCGCAGAGCAUACAAUCGUCAAUGAUAUACGAAAGAGAAAACCAAAGCGAACAUUAGAAACUGUGGAAGUAUUCUCCUGCCAUCUAGUCACCAUUUUUACAUAACACAUAGAUGUAGAGAUCUCGGUAGAUUGACGAGGUCUUCAUCAAACAGUAGAAACUAAUGCAUGCUAUAGGUAUUAAAGUCACAUAAAUUGCAUAGGCCGCAUUUCUUAGCUGGCUUUUUCACUAUAUUGUUUUAUUCACCACAUGAUUAAAUGCGCAGGGAGGAAAAGAAGCCAGAUCCACUGAGAAUACAAAAAAAAAGGUCAUGGAAAAAUUUAAGUAAUUGAAUUUAUAACAAAGGAAAGGACAACUUUUCUGAUGAUUCUGUUGUCUUCCCAUUCUUACAGAGACAUUACACACACACACACACAGCAAUCUGACAUGCAGUCUGUCAUAACAAUCUCAAGUGAAAGUAGACAACGGAGUACUGAAAGCGAUGAAUUUGUUAAACUUCCCAUUGAGAUUAUAAUAUACAUCCUGGAGUUCCUGCCUUUGUCACACAGAAUAAGUGCCGCGCAAGUGUACCAUUUGUGGCAUAUGGCAUCAAAAUACCUCGAACUGCAUAGCAAUAAAGUAGUGGUAUUGCAAGAUGACCUUACUAGACCACUACAAGUCUUCGAAAAUAGUCUUGGAACAUUUCUGAAUUUUGUGUUCAAAAAUGUAGAACUAGGAGGAAAAUUAACCAAAUUUUGGGAUAGAUUCUGUCCACAAAUGCAGUUUCUUUCCAUAGAUAGUUGUGAUAUAUCAGAAAAGACCUUCGAAGAUAUUUUAUUAAAGUGCUCACAUUUGGAAACUCUCAAUGUGAGUGCUUGUCCUGAUCUUUUAAAGCCAGGAAGGGUUCUGGAGCAGAAAUCUGAUGUUAUUCUGCUUAGGAACACUCUUGUCAAACUUAAGGAGCUAAGUCAUGCUUCAAAUAAAUAUUUGUCAGAUGCCCUUUUCAAUAGAUUUGUGGCAAUUGCUUCCAAUUUGGAAGAUCUGCCAUUGACAAGAUGUCAGAUAUGUUUCGAUUUUGAAAACCAUUAG